CAGAUGGCGGCGGAGCUGCGGACGCCUGAGCAAGGACCGAAGCCCUGGGAAAGAUCGGUCCUGGACUCGGGUUACGGCUCCAGCAUCCACCAGCGUUCGCAGCGCCCGCUGGACUCGCCUGAGGCGGGCGAGGUUGUGGUGGAAAAGUUCUCGCUCUCCGGAGCCGAGUGCGAGUCGGGCCCCAAUAGCCCCGAAGCGGCCGCCUCGGACUCGGGCCGCAGUGGACACGUAGUUACGUCCGGCUGCAGCCUCCUGGCGAAGGAUGAGGAGCCUGGAGUGCGGGUGGCUUCACCGGAACAGCGUAGCGCGGCUGGUGCCUGUCCGCCGGUGACACGUUGCGGUCAGUGCUCCAACAUCGUCUGGAAAGUAAUAACUGGUGUACUGGCUGUGGUUAUUUUGGUGUUGCUUCUGACAGGAACUCUCUCUCCAAAGGUCAGGCAGUGUCCGGAAGACUGGAUAGGUUUUGGAGGGAACUGUUAUUACUUUUCCACUGAUACAAAGAGCUGGGAUGACAGUAAGGAGUACUGCGCCUCACAUGGCGCAACACUUCCUGUGAUAAAAGAGAAACUGCAACUGGAGAACAUCAAACGCUUGAGACAGAACCAUUACUACUGGAUUGGGCUAAGAAAGGAAGCAGCAGGAUGGCAGUGGGACGAUGGAUCUCUAUUUACUAAUGAUGUCAUCCAAUUGGAAAAUGAAGACGCAAAGCUGAAGUGUUCCUUCCUAAACAGUGACAAAAUUGUUACUGUAGAUUGCACAUCUUCAAGACGCUGGAUCUGUGUCAAAGAGUCCAAAUGAGUCGUCUUCAUCUCCAGUGAAGUUAGUAGUGCAAGAUUUCUGGGUUAUUUGCCAGACACACUUCGGAAGCCAUGAUCAUGCUCCUCUGACAAGCUGGAAAAUCAGUCUUAAAUCUGAAAAGCCUACAACUCUAAUUUGCCUAAAAUCCCAAAUUGCACAUUAAGGCCACCUGAAAAUAGAUGUAGUAAGGUGUUGAGGACCUCAUAUUCCACUGAAGGUACCUGGCAGUAUUAGACACUUCUAAACAGUUGGAUACUUGAAGUUUGUAUAUUGUAGUGUACAUGAUCUAGUUUAAAAAAAGUUACAAGUUUUUCAAUGUAUUAAUUAUUUUUAAUUCAGAAUAUGAAGCGUCUUUCAGAACAGGGAUCGACAAAUGGAAUUAUUUUAAUCAAAGAUUAUCAGUCAGAUUAAUACAGGAAAAGACACAUUUUACCACCUCCUAUACUACACGAUAGAUAAGCCUAAAGGGAGUUCUAAUCUGGUCAUAAUUAAUAACAUCUGUGACAACUGACAGCUCUUAAUGAGUUAAACAUCUUUUAUUGGGUCCUUAAUUUCAGUCAUUACAAAAAACAUUUGCUAUAACAAGUACCUCUUAUUAAUCACAGAACGUAAUUAGAGUGUAGGCAUCCCUUAUCAGUCACCCAGUCUUAUUUGUAACAUACUUUUGUAGACACUUAUUAGUUUGAGGGGUCUUUUCCUUAGACAUUUAGAUUCCCACAAGCUUGGAGACACCAGCAAUAAUGAGAUACAGCCCAAUACUCAAUCACUGGAAAUUCCUGAACACAAGUCAUUCACAGGCUAAGCACCAAUAGUCUUUGCUAAAUCCCAGAGUAUCUUUGAAUUCUAAUAUAAAAGAUUCUGGGGGAAUAGUUAAUAUGGAAAUGAAUUAAUAUACAAGAAAAAGAGGACUAAAAAGAUUAAUAUUUACCAACAAGUAGUUGUAUAUAAAACUCAGCUAUACAAUGUCUUUGUAUAUAUAUUUUUUGUCUGUCUAUGUCUUGUGUCUCUUGCUCUCUGUAUAUGUUUUAUCAUAACUGAGAAAUUAACACAAAUAUCUUCUGCAAUUUUUCUGAUCCUAUUCAUGCUUUCUUGGAGGGCAUGUGUGACGCUCUGUACCUCGGGGGAACACCCUAAACCCCCGUGUUCAUCUUUAUAAAAUGAUUGUGCAGUAUCCAAUGCAAAGUUUGUCAUGUUGGGUAUCUUCAGAAGGCUCAUGAUGCACUGAGCAUGGUUGUUAUAGUAAUUGUUGCAGUAAUGUUACAUGAAAUUAUAACCUACAUGUAGUUAUGAGGCUGAAAAUGUAUUUCAUGUGUACUACCAAUGUAUGGUUCUUCCAUUCGGCCUGCCAGCAGCCCUGCGAAUGUUUACAAAGUGCAUGGCGGCCAUAGCAGGUUCAGGUUUACCCUUAUUUCAUGACUAGUUGGUCAGGGGCCGGACAGGGCUCAAGAGGAGUCCAGCCAGGGGUGAAAAUAACUUAAAGGACUCACCAGUACACUGGAGUCCUGAGCAGGGGACGGGGCCUCAAACGGAAGAGGCGGGCCCUUUAAAUCGAGUUUUCUGGCUGCGAUAGUGGGGGCUGGGAGCCCCAGGCCCUUUAAAUCACUACCAGAGCGGUAGCGGCUGGGAACCCUGGGGCUCUGGCGGUGAUUUAAAGGGCCCUGGGCUCUGCUGGGGUAGUGGCAGCCUGGGCCCUUUAAAUUGUCACCAGAGCCUUGCUGCCAGAGCCCCGGAGUAGUGGCAGUGGCUGGGAGCCCUAGGGCUCUGACAGCGAUUUAAAGGGCCAGGAACUCCUCUACGGUAGCAGUGGCUGGGAGCCCCGAGCCCUUUAAAUCACCGCCAGAGCCCCAGGGCUCCCAGCUGCCACCGCUACCCCGGGGCUCCAGCAGCAGGGCUCUGGCCACUGCCAGGAGCCCCAAGCCUUUUAAAUAGCUGGCCUGGGGAAGCUGCCCCCUGCCGGUACGGUUGGUGGUAUACUUGCUCUUGCUGGUACAUGUCACAGAGGAAGAGCACGGCUUGUACCCUGCCGGUCAGUGCAGUGCUUUCUACCCCCAAGGAUACCUGAAAAAAACUGGAACAAAGGACAGUAAUUACAGGGAGUGUGAUUGAUUGCUGGACCCAGACUAGAAGGAGGCUGGUCUGUAAAAGGAAGCUUACUGGAAUUCCUCUAAGGAUGAGGUUUUAUCUGGAUUCAGUUUUCUUAGACAUAGACUUGCGUAUUUUAUUUUAUUUUACUUGGUAAUUCACUUUGUUCUGUCUGCUAUUACUUGGAACCACUUA